UGAACUGCCGGAACCUGAUCUGCACGCAGUUACGCUCAGAGGAUUGUGAGAUCACGAGUUGAGGAAAUGUGCCCUGUCCCGCUUGUUUGACCAAGGGAAUUCAAAACUGGGGUUUGGCAAAAUCCAGAUGCGCAAUCGUGUCUUUAGCAAUCGUGGUCAGAUGGAGCUACUUUGAUGGGCGUUGCGGUGUCCACAGUCUUCUUUCUCCUGCAGCAGUUCCAUUUUCUAGUGAUCGUUCAUGCUGGUGCCACGAGAGCCAAAGCUCGCACGUCCUUAUCAUUUUAAGGUUAAUAGAGAGAUGGCGGCGGUCUUCAGAAAUUCGAAGUUUAGUGUAAACGUCAAUUUAGCGCUUGCUUAUGGUACAAUCGCAGCAACGAUGCUGGUUGGACUCGCCAAUAUCAGCGGAGUGGAUGGAGCGAGUGCAAUGUACGUAUUCGGCGAUUCCUAUGUCGACACAGGCAACUUUAGAGACCUGUCGGCAUUUCCGCCGUAUGGCUCCAUAUGGCCAGGAUACCCCGCGGGCCGAUUCAAUGAGGGUCGAAACCUAGCGGACUGCAUUGCGGAGCUCUUCGACCUGCCAUACCCUACCCCCUACUUGCGUCUAGAAAACAAUUCAGAGGCAUUACGAGGUGUAAACUUCGCAAGAAGCGGGGCGGGUGUCACUUACGCAUACGGGCUUACAGCGUUAGUCUCACAAGUAGACGAGAUAGAGGCACUCGUGGAGAAACAUGUGCUGACAAAAGCUCACUUACGGAAGUCGGUGGCAUUGGUUAACAUUGGUGUCAACGACUAUCACGUGCGCAACAGACGGGGAGCCUUUCAGGAGCAUGACAAAGAACAAGAGCUCCAUACAACAAUAACCACCAUAGUGGAUGGAAUCGCACUCAGUCUAGUGCGUCUCUACGGGCUCGGCGUCCGGAAUAUCGUCGUCUCCAACCUAGCCCUAAUGGCAUGCGCCCCGUUUGUCACAGAAGUAACGACGUUCACCUCUUGCAGCCGCAAUGCCACACUCCUGACCCAAACUUCGCUCCACAACUCGCUGCUACAACAGCGAGUGAAGACGCUGAACAGGAAUCUCGGGGGACUGCACAUCAUCCUCGUGGACCAGACCAAGGCCUUCGAGGUUCUGUUUCAUCACGGAUCUGAACAUGGUUUUGAGAACACGAUGACACCGUGUUGCAUUGGGAAAGCGGUUCCUCACGGACUUGUGUGCGGCCAUAACGACACCGCGGGGCAUCCGAUGUAUACUUUGUGCGAGGAUCCAAGCAAGCAUGUGCUAUUCGACACCAUCCAUCCCUCCGAAGCGGCCUGGCAGACUGCAGUCGAUUUGUUUGCGCAUGUUGACGGCUUCACCGUCGGUGGCCCCACACUCCGCGCAUGGAUGAGCAAGCAUGGUGUGUGAGUGCGUCGAACAUCAGCAUUGUCUCGUGAUGGUGGGUGUGGCCUGUCGCUGGAAGACAACGCCGUUUCAAACCCUGAUAAGUGUUGUUGACAUGAAACUGUGCUGACUCUGGCACUGUGUUCAACAUGUAUUAAUAAUUACAGUGUUUGUGCUUAAUAUAGGUGUGUUCAAGAUGAGAGGUUAACAAGACAAGUUCAUCCAUCACAGAUGGAUGCAAAUCCUAACUCUUUAAUAGAUGAUUUCACUAUAACUAGAUGAGUCCAUGUCAAUAUCAUGGAAAGUGACUCAAGUGAAGCUAUUCUUGAAAAAUAUGUUUGUGAGUUAAAGAAUAUUUUUUAACUACAAAUAUUAUACAAUACAAAUAGAAAGAAAUAAAAUAUAUAAUGGUGCUUUCAGCUA